AAAGGAAAAAAGUUUAAAACCUUUAGCUAUUGUUGCAGAUAUUACGAAGGAAGCCGAUGUGGAGAGAAUUAUAAAAAAAAAACAUUAGACCACUUCAAGCAACUGGACGUGUUAGUUAAUAAUUCUGGAAUUUCAAAAAGCGGUGGAAUCAAAUCUACAACUCUGGAAGCAUUUGAUAUUGUAACGAACACAAAUGUACGAGGUACCUUCUAUCUCACAUCAUUAGCAGUACCACAUCUGAUAAAGACAAAAGGAAAUAUCGUUACAGUAUCAAGUAUAGCUUCAUCGCAGCCUACACCAAAUAUGACAGUAUAUACAAUGUCAAAAGCUGCGCUGGAUAAUUUUACCAGAAAUCUUGCUGUAAAAUUAGGACCAGAUGGUGUGCGUGCAAACUGCGUCAAUCCAGGUUUAGUAGCAACUAAUAUAGUUAAUCGAAUGGGUUAUAAUGACAAUCAGUGUAAUGCAUUAUUUGAAAAAAUGGUAAAGAAUACACCUUUGGGAAGAUUAACUGAACCCAUUGAUGUGGCUGCUUUAAUUAGUUUUCUAGCAAGCGAUCUAGGUAAAAGUAUUACCGGUAGCACACAUUCAAUCGAUGCAGGAAGGUGUCUAAACCUAAACGUAUAAAUUUCACUUACCCAGGAAUGAGAUUAAAGGAAUGGAUAUACCAUAAUAAAACUUUAAUACAAUAACUAAAUUAUAUAAUAAGUC